CCUUCAUCCAGAACCUCCCUACCCUUGAUAUGUCCCUUCUUUUGUAUUUUCCAGUUGAUAGUCUGGGGUCCUGCCUUCUCAGUGGUAAGGUAAGCCCAUUUAAACGAAUCUUCUCAGAAACUGUUGCCCUUGACGCAAAUGGCUGUAAGAUUUAAUUAUCUGUUUUUCAGUGAGGUGAACUCGCUGCUUAGGAAGGCAAGGGAUAUAAAUUCACUUUAGCAUCUGCUCAAAUUAGACCCUGCUAACAAGUUUACUCACAUGUGUGGCCUAUAGUUUGAGAUGCUGGGGAACUGGGCAGACCUUUUUUGUAUGAGCUGCAGGGAAGAUUUCUGGUCCUACUGGCAGCUUAACAAUGAUAGGGUUUUGAGGAUGCCAUUGGUAUGUGUUUACACCAACCUCUCUCUAUUUUCCAUUUGUGCCAGGUUUUCAACUGCAUGUAUAGCUAAAGGUAAGGAUAGGUCAUCCGUCCAUUGCAAAUAAUGGAGCAGCAUUUUUAUUGCACAGUAUGUUUAUUUCCUGCCUUGCAGGGGGUUGGACUGGAUGGCCCUUGGGGUCCCUUCCAAUUCUAUGAUGCUAGGGAUAACAAUGACCACAGCUUCUUAUAGAGUCUAUGAUAUAACCUGAGCAGUUGAUUGUGGCAAUGGCCUAUUUCAUCAGAUGCAUAAAGUGGACUGAGAAAGUGUGGGAGCAUAUGCCUAUAUGCUUAUAGGGUAAGAUGCAAUUCUUUGUGAAGGAUACCUCCAUACCCAUGGAGCAGAACACAUUAACCCAGUGCGUGUUAAAUAAAAUGGGUAUGCAAAAACCACAUCCUGGUGGUUGGUAGGCUGCGUGGGAUGGUGGUGGUAAGACAUUAAGUCCUACAUUUCAUUUUGGGGAAAAUUCUGUUAUGUUUAAUCUUCUUAUGGGUGUUUUGUCCACCUUCUAAAAUCUUAAUCUGGUGCUUACAAUGUGCUGUUCUUGUUUAUUUUUAUUUUUAAUCCAAUUUUUUUCUGACAAAUCUCUGGGGACUAAUCCAGGAUCUUCCCUCCCCCCACUCUCUUCAGCAGCUGGGAAAUUUCAUUCAAACUCAAAUACGAAUUUGGUGAGAGAAGUGUACAAUGUUGCUCAUCUGUGGGAGAGGUACUUUUGUAAAUAAUGAUUAUAAAUGGUACAAGUUUUGGCGGCUUGAGCAACUUGGCGUUAUUCCUUCCUACAACAUCCCUUGUAGUGCUUGUUCACAGUACCCAAAAAGAAAACUGGUGAGUUGCAUCUUCAUAUGGUGGGUUGCAGCAGGAAUAUCUCCACCUUUUCCUAAGAAAAAGAAAACAGCAGUUUUCCUCCCUGUUCCCUAUCAAUCCUUGCAUGAGUGGGUGGGCUUCCUGAGAGGUCCACAGGAAAGCAUCUUGUCCAUGGCUUUCUCAGCCCUGGUCCUGGACAAGAGUCCACAAGAGACUUUGCUUCCUCAGUUCUUGGCAUGAUCUGUCUGUAGGAGCUGUCCAGCAGUCCUGAUGCUGCCUUGAAUUCUAUGCCGAAAGACAACUCAAAAUUUAAAUAGAGAUACCCAUUUACACCAGUCAUUUUGUAUUUCAGUCCAGCUCAGGCUUGUAGCAACAACUAUAAAGAGGUUCACUCCAAUUUAAUGUUCUUUUGGCUAGUGUAUGAGGCUCCAAUGUGCAUGCACAUAACUCUUGAGUAGUCAUUCUGUUUAGUGUGCAUGUGAUAUGUAUGCCACCUGCUUAUGCAUAUCUAUGUAUCUGCACAGAUAUGCCUGCAUAAACCCAUGCAGGACUGUAGUGUCAAUAACAUCAAAACACUACAAUCUACCCUGCCUAAAUGCAGCUGGAGAGUUUUUAAAUUUUAUUUCUUAAGCGGCAAAUGCACUCACUUUAAUUAGCAUUUUAACAUUAGAUUGGUUCGGUUCCUAAACAUCCUAUUUGUAUGCAAAUUAAAUCCUCCCUUUGGAUAGUUAGGAGAUUAAAAUAGCUGUUAGGGGAUGGAAGGUUGCCCUGGUAUGGAAAGUGCUGCAGACAUCUUGCUUAUUGACUUGCACAUUUUUCAUGACCUGCUUUCCUUUUAAAAAACAACAGCAGAGCAGCUCUGUUUUGAACUCUGCAACCAAAUAAGCCUCACUGGGCAGAAAACAGAAGAGAGCUGGUGUUGAUUUAAGCAGAGUCUUGUUGGCCAGCGGAAGGAUGAGGAAAAUGUGUUACAUACUCUAAAUUGCUUUAUUUACAGUUCAAAGCUGGUAUAUUACAGAAAGACAUCUUGCCUCUGCAAGAGCAGAAAAAUGCAUCCUCUCUCCUCGACAGCUCGGAGAGAAACACACAGUGAAAAACAGGAAACCAGUGUACGUCACAUCCAGUCUCCCUUUCCCGUGAGAAACUCCAACAGUACAGACUGUGGAAUGUAAACACCUGUCUUGUGACUGCAGUUGCUGCUCAGUGAAGGAAAUAGAAACCAACAUCCUCCCCCUUUCUGUGAACAUCACUGGGCAGCGUGUUCGUACAAUAUCAGUACAAACCCAACUUCUGCACAUAGGUACAGUGUUGAUCCCUUGAUACAAUCUUGGACAAUACAUCAGCAGGAAUUUCAUUACCUGGCAUAUAGGACACCGUUACGAGUCCCUUCUGAAUACAUUCCCUAGCAUGCUGCAACUUUAAUUGCAAGUGCUUUGUGCUUUGCUUACAACCUUCAGACUUCAGCAAAGCCAAACAUGCUUUGUUGUCCUGGUAAACCUGGAUUGGACAUUUGACAGGAAUUUUCAUAUCUUUGCACAAUUGUACUAACCAUUCACAAUCCUUAAGUGAAUAAGACAGUGCAUUCAGUUCAGCUUCACAAGUACUUAAGCUAACUGUUGUUUGCUUCUUGCAUGACCAAUCAAACAGACUCUGAUUGUACAUAUAGCAAACUCCAGACGUACUUUUCCUGUCUGUAGCGUCACUUCCAAAACUUGCAUCUGCAAAUAUCUCAAGACCACCAGACUUCUGAUUGUUAAAUCUCAGUCUGUAAUGCAUAGUGCCUUUCAAAUACCGCGCUAUGCGUUUCAGAGCUUUCCAUCCUUGACACUAGGAUUGUUGACUUGUCUGCUUAGCAAAUUACAGCUAACAGCAAUGUCUGGUCUUGAACAUCUGGCAAUGAAGUUUAGCUUGCCUAGCACACUCCUGUACAGUGUAGUGUCAGAAAAUGCUUCUUCAGUGUCAUCUACCUGAUAACCUGUUGUCAUCGGUGUGUCUACAGGGUUAGCAUCCAUCAGAUUUAGUUUGCUUAACACAUCAGCAAUUUUCCGUGACUGGUGUACUAGAAUGUUACCAUCUUGAUCUCUCUCUAUUUCCAGAGAUAGGUAGUUGUUUACCUCACCAAGAUCUUUCAUGUCAAAGUGCUCUUUCAGUUGAGCUAGGGCGCUAUUGUACAUUGCAACAUCUUUCCAAAAGAAUAAUAAAUCAUCAACAUAAAACAAACAGUACAGUUUCUUUUGCCCCUCCUCUUUGACAAAUACACAUGGAUCAGCUUUCCCUUGCUGAAAACCUAGAGAAAACAAUACUUCAGUGAGUUUUGUGUGCCAACACCGUGCACUUUGUUUGAGACCAUAAAGGGAUUUCUUCAGAGCACAAACAAAUCCCUGUUUUACCUGUACGCCAUCAGGUGGAAGCAUAUAAAGUGAUUCAUCUAGAGAUCCGUACAGAAAAGCUGUAUUAAUAUCAUGGUGACUAAUGUGUAGAUUUUCCUCUGCAGCUAGCUUGAGCAUAAGCCUAAUGCUUUCAUAUCUCACUGUGGGUGAAUAGGUCUCGUGAUAGUCUUCACCUGGUACCUGUGCAAAACCUCUGGCUACCAAUCUGGCUUUGUGUCUGACUAUCUUGCCAUUUUGAUCUGUCUUCGCUUUGAAGACCCAUUUGCUUCCAAGCAGUUUCAUUCCUGGAACUACUGGAACUAGCUCCCAUGUUUUGUUCCUUUCUAAGGAAUCAAGCUCAGCCUUCAUGGCAUUUAACCAUGGCUCAGCUUCCUUUGAAUCCAAACCCUGGAUUUCUUGGAAACUUGAAGGUUCAAAUACCUUCUUGGAGCUUUUAACAGCUGUUACUGCUAUCGUAGCAAACUCAUCAGCAAAUCUCUUUGGAGGUUUGCCUUUUGUGGCUCUCUGUGACCUACGAAUUAUCCUUAAGUCUUCAACACUCUCCUCUUCCUUCUUAGGAGAAAAACGACCUAUUGUGAACAAUGGUUCCUCCAAUUCUUGAUCAGAGCUUUCAGAGGGUCGCAUAGAGGCUUUCGCACUCUUGAAAUCCUCUGAAUCACCCGAUUCAGUUUCAGAUUCAGACUCAGAACCUUCAUCAGUGGGUGUGGGCUGUUGUGGUUGCUUUGACUAUCCUCAGUCUCAUCACCGUCAUCAGGAUAACAUUGGAAAAUUCCCACAUUCUCCCCCACUUUGCAUUGUACUCAACACUUCUCGUGAGCUUAAUUGUCUUAGAGUCAGUCAUCAUUAUUCUGUAAGACCCUUUCUGAUAACCUAGAAAGAUACCAUGCAAUCCACGCUUGUCUAACUUGGAGAUUUGUGGUGAGCGAACCCACAUGUCAGAACCAAAAAUCUUCAUGUGUUUGAUGUAUGGCUUCUUGCCAAACAUCUUCUCAUAGGGGGUACAUCCAAUCGCUGAAGAUAACCUGCGAUUGUAACUGUAAACAAAACACGAGAGAGAUUCGGCCCAAUAACUCUCUGGAAGAUUGGCAUCAUGCAGCAAGGUUUUUAACCCUUGAAGCAAUGUCUGAUUUGCCCGUUCCGCAAGUCCAUUCUGCCAUGGCGAGCGAGGACUAGACAAAUCGUGUUGAAUUCCUUUCUCAGUCAGAAAAGCUUCAAACUGCUGAGAAGUGAAUUCCCCCGCGAUCACUGAAAAGAGUCUUUAUCUUCUUACCAUGCACAUUUUCCAACCAAGCACAGAAUUCCUUGAACCUAGGAAAAGCCUCCGAUUUCUGCUUGAGAUUGUACACAAAAAUAUAUCUAGAAAAUGCAUCAAUGAGAACCAUGAAGUAUCUAUUUCCACCCAAAGAGGGCGAUAGUGGUCCAACCAAAUCAGCAUGAACAACCUGGUAUGGUUCUGUAGCUUUCCUACUAGACACCUUACCUUUCGCAGCCAUUUUCACCUUGUUUGCUGCGCAUGCUUUGCACUUCAUGUGGUACCUGCAGGGUUUAAUAGUCAUACCUUCAACCAAGGCAGGCAUUUUAGAUACUGCCUCAAAAUGCAAAUGACCAAAUUUUCGAUGAAAAUCGUGAAUACAUUCUGCAUGCAAACUUUUGUUAGAACCUGCAAUGCAACAAGUGUCAUCCUGCACCACAUCAUCAUAAUACAAAACAAACAAAUGAUCAACAUAUUCUGCAUGCAAUACAUAAUCAUUUUUCUUUGUGAUGAUGCACUUCUUGUUCUUGAAGGAAACGUCAAUGUUCCGCUCAUUCAGCUGUCCAACGCUGAGCAGAUUAUGUUUGGCGUCUGGCACGUAAAGCACAUUCUGUAUCGAUAAGUCCAAACUGUGAAGAACAACAGUUCCGUAGCCUUUACUGGGAAUAGUGUGGUCAUCCGCCUGGUGAAUCGCACCUUCCUGCGGUGUAAAAGACACAAACAGUUUCUUAUCGUUGCACAUGUGGUGGGUGGCCGCUGAAUCAACAACGAAGAAAGAUCUAGACGUCUUCUGGACCUCUGCAACCUUUGGAGUGAAGCGUGAAACCAUAGCCUUGUGCUGCGUUGUCCUAGACACCGGACCUUUGCCUUUGCCUCGGCCUUUUCCGCGCGAUGAGCUUUCGCUGCGCUGCUCUGUCUUGGCCCUGGGAUGUCUGCAUUCCCUCUUCAUAUGGCCUAGACGUCCACACGAGUAGCAUUUCACUGCCUUCAAAGCUUUGGCGCCAUCUGGUGGUUCCACUGCACUAUGGGAUGACGUCUGUGAAGACUCCCCUUGCCCAUGCAGCUAGCACCCCGGCGAUCUGCUUCAUUUAAAAUCACGGCAGUAACAAAGUCCACUGUCAGCUGAGCAGUUGGUUGCACAGCAAUCUGGGUUGCAACAGACUCCCAACCUGAACCCAAAGAUUGUAGUAUCAUGAAAGAAUACACAGCCUCUGGAAAGUUGAGUCCUCUCUGUUGCAGCUCAUGUCUCAGAUUUUGCAUCUCCAUUAGAUGUAAACGCACAUCUCCACCUUCAGCAAGAGCCAUAUUAUGCAGCUUGUUAAAAUAAAACAUAGUGGAUCCAGCUUCUGUCCUUAAGUGAGCCUCUCUCAGAGCGUCCCAAAUUUCUCUGGCUGAGGUCUUAUCACGCAAUAGACAGAGCUCUUCUGGGGAUACUAUCAAUGUAAGAGUUCCCCUUGCUUUGGAAUCCUUAGCUUCCCAUGCAUCUGUAACUGGAACUGGGGGUUCCUGUAAUCACCUCAAACAAACCCUCUUUCCGCAGAAUUGCCUCUGCAUACUGAACCCAGUCGCUGUAAUUUUUCUUGUUGAGCUUAGGAAUCCCACAAGCAUCCUGAAGGGCCAUCAUGACUCUGGCAUUAGCCUUCAGCGUCAUAUCUGUGCUGCUUUAAAUCUUGCUGCGUCACUGCUGCAGCUGCCUCAUUACAAAGGCACACUUAAAAGUUACUUCGAUUUCCCCAGCAUAGUGACUUGUGCCUGGGAGCCUUUUGCCUAUUCCGGCAAAACCGGCUUUAAAAGUUCAAAGUCCAGCCAUAAAGCCAUUAUCUUGAAGCUGGCAGGCUGCCCGGAGCAGUAGCACAUACCUCAUCAAUCACUUCUACGCGCAGAGCAGAUUCCUUUCCGAUCCGUCCCUCUGCAUUCCGAUCCUCUGCCGGCACUCCGAUUCGACCUCUGGGCCCAUAACCACGUGUUGAUUUAAGCAGAGUCUUGUUGGCCAGCGGAAGGAUGAGGAAAAUGUGUUACAUACUCUAAAUUGCUUUAUUUACAGUUCAAAGCUGGUAUAUUACAGAAAGACAUCUUGCCUCUGCAAGAGCAGAAAAAUGCAUCCUCUCUCCUCGACAGCUCGGAGAGAAUCACACAGUGAAAAACAGGAAACCAGUGUACGUCACAUCCAGUCUCCCUUUCCCGUGAGAAACUCCAACAGUACAGACUGUGGAAUGUAAACACCUGUCUUGUGACUGCAGUUGCUGCUCAGUGAAGGAAAUAGAAACCAACAAUAUUAGCUCCUUUAAAAACUUGCCCCUUGGCAACUGUAACUGCAGAGUGGUAAUAGUUUAUUAUAGCAUCUGACCUUGUGUUCAGUCUGGUAUGACCACCCUCUUAAAAACACUCAGGAGACAAGCUGUGGCAGGUGGGGAAAGUGGUCACAACAAUGGUCAUGCUGGACUUACCCAGUGAUCAGAGACCAUAUGCUGCCCUGUCUCCAUGCCCUUAAAGCUACCACAUAGUGUGUUUUAAAUGCAGGCCUAAAUGACCUGGGCAGCUCCAGAUAUUCCUAGACUACAACUCCCAUGCUGGCAGAGGUUGAUGGGAGUUAGAGUCCAAUAACACCCGGAAAGUCACAGUAUAAAGUGAUUACUCUGCCGCUUGCUGGGCUGAACGAAAACUAUUUCCACUUCCAUUUUUCAGUGUAUUCGUUACAUUUUCAGCGUACUCAUUUUUAUCCUGCUCUGCAGCCAAAAAGGGCUCCUCGGGCAGCUUGCAGAUGUGAGUAGUGCAAGAUAAGCCCUGCCCCCAGGCUUACAAGCUGAAAUGCAUGACACAAAAGGAAAAGAGAUGGGGAGGAGAGAAGGGGUACUAGUUCUCAGUUAUAAAGCUCUUGCAGUCACUAGCUGGGAUGAAAAAGUUUUGUUAAGAGCAGGAGCCAAAAGUUCCUGAGUUGAUGGAGAGGCCCUGUUCCCCCAUCUCUCUCCCUCUAUGGUUACUGAAGACAGUUGAGAGCAGAGACUGAUGGUGCUUGAGAGAACUACUGUCAGUGCAUGAAAGUGACAAAUGAGGUGGGGAAACCCUCUUCUCCUCCCACACCUGCUGUUGCAGAUCCUGCUGCCACCUCCACUUGCCAGGGAAGUCAGGGGAAUCGGGGAGUGUGUUCUUGGGGCUUGGGUGGGGCAAACAGUUUCUUUCUUUUUUUUAAGUGUCUAUUUCAGUUUUUAUAAUAAUGUUAAAUAACAGUACAAAGUCACAACCGUUCCGUACAGAGCAGUCUUCAGAUUGACUUAGAAAAUGCCAUUUAUCCCCUCCCUCAGAAGAAAUAAUCUAAGUCCCAAGAGAAACCAAAGUGAGCAUGGGAGAACUCGCCCCUCUCCAGUUUGAACGGAGAUUGUAAGGAUUAUUAUGGUAAUGUAAACUAGUAGGUUAAUUUUAUCCCCAUACUGUAGAUGUGGUGGUGCUGGCAAGGAACGGCUUUCUUAAUGCCACUAGUGAGUUCACAGCAUGGGUGACAUCCAAACCAGGGACAUUCUGGUUCACAGCCCAGUCAGAAUUGGAUGUAUCCCUACCCUCUACCUCCAUAUCGUAAGUGGCAUGCAGAAUAUUUCCUAGGCUGCAUAGUGAAAAGCUGUAAGGAGGCAGCUGCAAAAGGGGAAGCUUAAAAGCAGCCAUCAGAUGGGAGCCCUUCAGAAAUAUAGAAAGCUGCCUUAUACUGAGCCAAACCAUUGGUCCAUCUUGCUUAGCAUUGUCUCUGUUGACUUGCAGCAGCUCUCCAGGAUUUUGGACAGGGGUCUCAGCCAGCCCUAAAGAUGCUGGGCAGAUACUCUACCACUGACCCACAGCCCUAUCCAUUCAUUGACCUCUGGCCCUCAGUCAUCACUUAAAACUGCCAUGAAAUCUAUUUACAUUCAGUCACAAGCACUUACGUACAUUGACAGGUUUUUAACAAAGCUGCCAGUGCAGAAUUCCCUGAAUAAAAGGCUUGCUCUAAUUUUUUCCUUAAGUGUGGUUCAACAUUUUCCCAUUAUCUUCAAAAUAGUAACUGCUGUGUGGAUAAUUUGAGUAAGUGCCAUGAAAUCUUUGCUAUCAAUCACUUAUUAUGCAUGAUAAUAAGUAUAAUAUUAUUACUUAGUAUUGGGCAAAAGGGAAUUACAUAUGCACUGGGGAGAAAGCCUUGCUGAGUCUCAGCAGGAGACUAUGCCCCUUGAGGAACGGAGGUCAAAUUGCAAAAGAUAAACAUUGCUUGCUUCUGAUCGUAAGUUAACUCAGCUAUUUCAGUUAACUUGAGUGUUAUAGCUUCAUAAAGUCUAUCUUUGAAGCAAGCCGAUCCAAAUGCGACAAAUUCUCCUAUCCCUCAGCUGUGGCAGACAAACAUAGAGUAGACUGUAUCCAUGCCAAUGGGGAUUCACCAAAUGCAAAAAGUGAACACAAUAGCUGAAGGCUGCUUGGUUAUUUGACUGUGAUUUCAUGAUCUACAACAGAACCAACUGCAAGCAUUUGUCUUAAGAGCACCAUCCCAUAACGUCUUUCUGAAGCAAGUUUCAUUGACAUUACACCCAGGUGUAAAGCAUUGCAGUUUAUUCUAAUUUACCAUAUGGGGCAGUAUCUGGCAGGGAAAGCUGAAAUACCAGUCAAAAGGUCAGUAUAUAAAUUGGUAUUCCCCAUCCACACAGUCCAUAUUACAGAGGGUGUCAUAUUCAAGAUUGGUUCAUUUUUAUUUCUUUUUACAUGAAAUAUGGCUUCAGGAGGGAAAUGCAGAACAGGUAUUUUUUUGUAUCAUCAUCAUGGUGCAAAGGGCAGCGUGUCUUGCCAACAUAUAUUGAGAAGCCGAUAUACUGUACUUGGCUCGGCAUAUGAAUUCUUUUUUUAAAAAGGCAUUUGUUUUCAAUCACCAUUCAUGCCUAGCAGGGCCCAUAUUUUUGUCUUGAUUCAUUUUGUGGUGGAAAAAGGAACAUGUACUGUAUAGUGAGACUGGCUCAUAUGUCACAGUACCAAAUGCCACCCAUUGGCUCUUCUGAUCUUUCCAUCCAUGCCUUGCUUCAUCUUGGGGCAUAGGAGCCCCAACCCUUGGAUGAGGACGCCAAGAGGUGGUUGACAGUGCUGCAGGCAUGUUCAGUGCUGCAUUGUGUAUCGGUCACUUCCUUGCAAGACUUGCAAGUGGCCAGGAGCUGUGAACCAAGGAGGAAGAUGGGGAAUGUAUCUUAGGCCACCCAUAGCCUCAGGGAAAGAUUGCCAUCAUGCAACACAGCUUCUGAGCCCUACCGACUACCUGUGUGUGCCUACCAUGGUGGAGGAGAACUUUGGGAAGGAGAGGGAGCCUGUCAAAGGAGCUCGGGUGCCUCUGGCAAAGUAAUACAAGAGGAGCAUGUUGGUGGCUUAUUGUUGAGUCUGCAUUAUCAUCACUAGUCAGAUACAUUUGGAGUCAACUUGGACAGCUUUCAAAGGGGAUUGGACAAAAUAACAGGAGAUAAGUAUCAAUGACUGCUAAUCGCAAUGGCAGCAUAUCACCUCCCAUGCCAGAGGCGGUAUGCAUCUGAGAGUGCUAUGGUGAUUGUUUUCUGCUUAUGGGUUUCCCAGAUGCAUCAGGUAGGCCAUGGCAGGGACAGGAUCCUGACCUGGAUGAACCUUUGACAUGAUCCAGUGGUGCUCUUAUGGUGCUUUUAUGAGCCAAAGGUCAUAGAUCAUAGAAGUAGAGAUCACAACUGUAUAGCAGUGAUUUGCUUGUUAUGGAAAGGGAAGGACUGACGUUUGCUAGGGGUGCUUGUGCCAUGACCCUAAUGCUGCUGCUGCUGCUGUUAAAAUAAUAAUAUUGUGAUUUACGUCUUCAGUGCAUCGGUCACUGUGGAGUGCAGGUGGACAGUUUGCAUCCUUUGAGCACAGAGUUGGCAUAAUUAUUCCCAGGCAACCGGGGCAAAGGCAGGAGUAGAAAACCAUUUGAUUUUAUGAAUGGAUUUGUUGGGACAAAAGUAACUGAUGUAAGCAGAUAUUAUUAACACCAUUGUUAUCACUUGGAAUAUCUGAGUUUAUGCCAAGGCUGCCUGUAGGCACUUCUUGGCAUGUAAAAAUACCUCCUAUGCCUUCAUCAGAAUUUCUGCCAUUUUCACCCAUCCCUGCCUUGCAUUUUCAACUGAGCCCCGCUCCCUCCCUGCAAUUCGCCACGCGAGAGGCUGUUGGAAAACUUCCUGUGCAAGCAUGGGAGCCAUAAAUGGCUUUUUCUGGCUUUUAUAAUCCAGUGCGGAGACACACACACACUCUCCUCUAGCUGACUCUAGGCAACUGAGAAAAUACAGGUCACUCCAGCAGACGGGGAUUCCUCUGCACGUGAUUGUAUUUCAGCUCCUGUAGAGGAAAGUGAAUAUUAUGAGAGUUGGAUUGAUGCAGCUGGGCGAUCCGUUUGCCCGGCUCCUCCUUUGCAAACAUACAGCCGUCAUCUCUUUUGGGUUUCCUUCCUCCAUAACCAUGGACUACAGCCUCCAGGGAACGGAGAUCACAGAUGUAUGUGAGUAAUUACAUUUAAAUAGAUUGGAGGGGGUGAGGGAAAGGGAGAGAGAGAGAAAUAAAAAAUCAGACUUACGCUACGUAAGAAUUCUUGUGUUAAACUUGAUUUCCCCUCCCCCUCCAAGAAAGAGCCUGGUUUUGUCAGAACUGUCUUUUUAAAACUAUAAAUAUAAAACUAUCUUAAAACAUUCUUCGGCAGCCAAGCAAAAAAUCCCACGCGUCUUUAGAGGUCAUUGCUUUCUGUGUGCAUGGCUGUAUGUUUUGCAUAGAGAGUAGCUUCCUUCUCCUCAGCGCAGCUUUUAGGAUGCAAUCUGAGAUUAAUCAUCAUCAUUACUGACAAGAAGUAUGUGGGUCAGUUUGUCGAGUUAUUCCUCUGAUGGUGUCGUAGCUUAAGGUCGUGCUGUAUCAUAAAGUGUCAAAUGUGCUGUUAUUUAUUGCUUCCCGCAGUGGUCCAAGAGACUGCAUGACAUAUUUCUGGAUAUGUGAAGUCAGAUAUAAUAAUUUAAAACACACACAUCUGCAUACAAUUGCUCAGGAAACAAUUUAUAAGGAAGUGAGGUUGUGCUUCUAUGUGAACAGAAAGACAUGCUGUAGUGCUGAUCCUCUGCUGAGUGCCUUCUAAAUGUCAGAGAAUAGGAUGUGAUAUCCUGACAGGUGCUAUAUGAACAUUAUGCCCAGAUUAUGCCGAAAGUGAAUUGAGUUAAUGGUUAAUUCUGUACAAAGUACAAUCCUUUCACCUUGCAAAAGGCAUCUGUGGUAUCAAGAGUGUGGAAGAAAGACACAAAAUACUAAUGAAAUGAGGAGAAGGUUUGGUAUUCCAGAACAAAAUGAUUUCUCUUCUGCAGGAAUUGUGUUUCCUAGAUUCUCAAACACACCCUGGCAGGAAGUUAAUAAUCUAUCAAAUCCCAUACUGUUCUGAAAGGUCGUGCAAAAGAGUAGAAGAGGAAGAGAUGUAGGAAGAGGUGCUUCCUAGCUAGGGUAAAAGACCUUAGUGGGAUUCAUUGUUUGACAUCAAAACCUGGUAUUUGGCUCCUUUCAGUCUUGUGAAGUGGGCGGCUGCAGGGAGAGAAUAUGAAAUUGCUGUGUUGAGUCAACUCCCUUUAUCCAUCUAGACCAGUAUUGACUAUUUUGACUGGCAGAAGCCCUCAAAGGCCUUUGGCAGAGCGCUUUCCCAGCUCUGCUUUUUCAUACGAUUUGACAGUAGAUGGUAGAGAUAGAACUUGAGACGUUUUGCACACAAACCAUGUAUCCUACAACUGAGCCGUGCCCCUUCCUUAUAUGUUUGCACAUCAAAUUAUUUACAGCAGGGCGGGAUAUAUUGGCCUACUCUGCACAACACACUGAGCCAAACUAUGGUUUACAGGCUUCGUUCAGGUGGUCUUUAGCAUGUCUGGAAAAAUAAAAUUGAAAAUCAUAUAGCAGCUAGCACAGUCCGUUACAAGUGCUAACAAUAGGCAGGGAAAUAAUUAAGUGGUCCACCCAGACCCUCAGCAAUUUUCAAGUGGUUCAUAGGGAGAAAGAUUUGAGCUUAGUGAGACAAUACGAAUAGAAAGAAGAUCACAAUUACUUUGCUGCGCCCUGGUUGUUUUUGCUGCCACAUUGAAUGAAGCCAAAGUUUGGUUUAGCACGUUGUCCAAACUAGGGCUCAUGGUUAAGCUCUCUCUCCCUGCUAACCAUGAGAUGUAGCUACAGAUCUGACAUCAGAAAGGUCAAGAGUCAGAAACAGGGUGUGUGGGGAGGGACAUUUCAGCCUCUCAGGACCUUAGUGGACAUUCUGAAACAAAGCAACUUUGAAGGGGGUGGGACUCUAGUAUGAAAUUGCUGAAUUACAACCUAUUAAGAAGUUCAGUUAAUUAGCUGCUAUCUGUGUUAUCACCAACACUGUUUUGUGAAUGGUCACUGAACUUAUUCAACAUAAUUGUCACAUUGUAUUUUUUUAUUAUUCCCCUCUGAACUCAUUGUUUUACGUUUAGUUUUACGUGUGUGUGUGUGUGUGUGUGUGUGUGUAUCAGCUUAAAAUAGGAAAAUGCUUAAUGCAUCUGAUGAAGCUGACUGCAGCCCAUGAAAGGUUAGAGCAUAAUCAAUGUGCAGUAUGUAAAUAAUCAUGGGACUUUUUGCUGCUAUAUACCUGCCAUCAUAAUUUUGAAAAUCCAGUAGACACAAAGUGGGUGAGGGAAGCUGGUGGAGUAUGCUGGUGGAGCAGUCCCAAAAAACUAAUAAAGAAUUAAGAUUAUUUGGAGCAACAAAUUUGAUGGCAACAAGUAGCUGUCUGACAGAAGUCGUCAUUUCUGCCUGCAUUGGUACUUUCUGGUUCGUCAUGGUAAACAAAACAAACUAGAAUUAAAACAACAUUGGAAAUUCUCAGUCAUGUCCUCACCUUGCCUGAAAUUAUGUAAACUCUGUGCCUCAGUUUCAUCAAGCUUUACAGAAAAAUUAAAAGUAGAUAUUCUACUUGUGGAUAUGCUUCACAGCAGGCUGGGGGUGCAGCAAACCUUUAAGCCAAGGCUACAGAUCAGCCUGUCCCAACCCAUUGCCCUUUAGAUGUGUGGGACUACAACUUCCAUCAUUCUUGACUAUUGGUCAUGCUGUGUGGAAUGAUGGGAGUUGUAGUCCAAAACAUCUGGAGGAUACCAGCCUAGAGAAGGCUGUUGUAGAUGAACCUAUUCUGGCAGGAUGUAGAUCCAUGUCUUGUCCCACUAGGUAUGUUAUUUUAAGCAAACUCUAGGGAAGCUCACAGUGCAAAAAAACAUAAACAAUUAUUCUCUUGCCAUGAACUGCAUUGUUAAGUACCAAUAAAAAACAGCAACGGUCGCUAACCAGCAGCCUUUUCCCCUAGACAUUUUAUUUUAUUUGGACUUUGAAAGGCAAUUGAGGGCACAUGUCACAUUACAUGCAAAUGUAUUUUAAAAAGUGCUGUUGGACAUUUUUAAAACAUCUUCAGGAUGAGGCUAUUUUGAGGUUAGAAAUGGUGGCGUAUGUGUGUAUGUUUAAACCUUUCCCUGCUGGCCAUUGUUCUGCUCAAAAUCAUUCCCUAAGCGACUUUCCCUCCUGUUGGUAGGAUUUCAGAUCCUUUUUUAAGAAAGAUAAACAAGUAUCAGGAACUCAUGGGACAGCAGGAGGACACUUUUGUGCAGAAAAAUGGAAAACAGGAAAGGGGUGAAACAUCCCCCUUUCCUCCACUUAACAGCUUUUACCCUGAUGUUAAAAAUGGCGAGUGGUGCUUGAGGAAUUUGAUAUGUGUGUGUUCCGAUAACAGCUGACCUGAUCCGCAGCUCCCAGACUCAUGUGUGGAUCAGAACGCAGCCGUAAUUUGGAUUUUGCAGUUCUCCAAGUUUUGCAAUGCGACUGUCAGCUCAAAAAUAUAUUAAAAAUGCAUUUUAAAAUGUGUACUUUUGGGGAGGAAAUACAUUCGAAAAUAUGUGUGCACAAAAUUUCAUGCAGAUUUUUUAAAAUUACAAAUGAACUUUUGAACAAGCAGUAGAGAAAGUGACAUAGUAUGGAAAUAUUGAUCCAUUCAUCCCUAACUGACUUCCUUAAAUGGGUUUGAAGACAACAUGGUCUACAGAGCAGUCUGUUCUGACUGGCAAACUCCAGUCAAUUCUUCAGUCAACAUGGAAUUUGUCCUGCAGAUUUAGUGGUUUCUGCACCGGACUGUUAACCCUGCUUAUAUUAAUAUUUAAAUUCCCUGUGUUGUUCCACCAAAAUCAUUCACUUCCUUACUAUCAUAGGUCAAUCACCACUGCCUUGCUUUAUCAUAUAUCAGCUUAGCUGAUCAUAUACCGUAAUACUUUUUAGGUCCUGCACUGAGAAGGCAGCUAAUGAGACACAGCUGGAAAUCAACUACUCUUCCUGGGUAAAGUGGUUCAUCUGCCUUAAUUGGAUUUGUGUAACACAUUCCUCCAAAAUUUCCAGUUCAAUUAAGGCUAAGAAUAGCAUGGAAAUGAUAACUGCGAAGAAGAAGAAAAAAAUAUGGAAAGAGAAUCAAGGUAUAGAAAUGCAACAAGAGAAUUUAAAGCAGGACUGAGUGUAGGCAGACGUAUUCUGUGAAAUUAUCUACAAGAUCCUUUCUUCAAAUUCUGCCUGCAAUUUUGUACUCGGUAUUUUUCAGUUUUCUCCUUGAGCAGGGAUGAAGAACCAAUGGUCAUCUAAGUGUUGAACCACGAUUCUCAUUAUCCCCUGUCCACUGGCCAUGCUGGAUGAGGGCAUUGGGCUGAUGGGAGUUGGAGUUCAGUGACAUCGGGAGGGACACGGACUUCCCAACCCUGUCUAGACAUAUAUCCCAGGUUUAACUUUAGCAUUCUGGCAGAGCCUAUAACUGUGCUAACACUGGUCUUGUACUGCACCCCUUGCACUGAAUUGCUGCAUCUGGGAAUAGCCUUGGAUUUUGAUUUCCCACAAUGCCCUGAAGUAACACUUUGUUGGAGGCAUUAUGGGAAAUUAAAAUGGAGGCUCCAAGCUGCCCUGCCUUAUUGUAGCCCUCCUGUUGCCCACCACCAGACCCACUGAAGGACCCCCUUCAAAUCUGGCCCUGCGUAUAAUUCACCUGCUUACCUAGUGCCAGUAGCAAACAGGCAGGAAACUCAAGUUGCAAGGCAAAUCCAGUUUGGUGCAGCGGUCGGAGUGUUGGACUAGGAUAUGAGUGACCAAAGUUCAAACCCUCUAAAGCUCAAUGGGUGACUUUGGGCCAGUCACAGUCUCUCAUCCUAACCUACCACACAAGAGUUAUUGUGAGGAUAAAAUGCGGGUGGGUGGGGGGAGGAGAGAAACUUGUUAUUAUCCAUCUUCAGUUCCUUGGAGGAAAUAUGAGGUAUAAAUGCAAUAAAUAAAAUAAUACAGUGGCACCUCAGGUUACAGACGCUUCAGGUUACAGACUCCGCUAACCCAGAAAUAGUACCUUGGAUUAAGAACUUUGCAUCAGGAUGAGAACAGAAAUGGCACAGCGGCCAGCAGGAGGCCCCAUUAGCUAAAGUGGUACCUCAGGUUAAGAACAGUUUCAGGUUAAGAACAGACCUCCAGAACGAAUUAAGUUCUUAACCUGAGGUACCACUGUGAGGUAAAGCCAGGACCUCGGCAAAAGCCAUGGAAGAAAGAAGGGAGAUGGACAACUGUGUUGGGACUUUCUCCUAUUUAUCUGAAGCCCAAGUAAUUGCUAAGUAUCUUAAUGCAGAUGGGCUGAAGCUCAGUAAAAGAGCCUCAGUGUUGCAUGCAGAAGGUCCCAGGUUCAAAUCCCGGCAUCUCGAGGUGGAGCUAGGAGGGUCCCUGACUGAAAUGCUGGAGAGCCACUGGCAGUCAGUGCAGACAGUACUGAGCUAGAUGGGCCCAAUUAAUCUGAUUCAGUAUAAGGCAGCUUCCUGUGCUAAUUUCUUCCUUCACUUGAACCUUUUGUUUACGUCACACAGUAUUUCCCAGGCUUUGAAAAAGGGUUGCCUGACUUUUUCUUCGUGUAGUGGUUGCCAUGGCAGGGGAACUGUUCAUUCUGUUGCAAGGUCAGAAAAUGUCAGGCACAAACUCACAUUAAACCACAUCGGCUGCUUGAUUCACGCAACUGAGAAACACUGUCAGCGCCAGAGUCCCAGUUUCGGAAAGAUGCAGAACCAUUUCAGCUAAGAAAUUGGCCUCACUGUGGGUUCCUUGCACAUUAGUGCUGUUGCAGAUGAUGAGGAAUUACCCCCUGGUUAAGUGCCCUGAAGACUGUGUCAUUGGGGUAUAAUUAUUAUACACUAUACCUGCCAACUCUUGCCACUGAACAUGAACACAGGGUCAGGUGAAGCAUUUUGCAGGGGAGGUCAGCGUACAAGAAGGGGAACUUAACCCGCCUCCAUACCUGCAGGUUCUCCCUUCAUAUGCCCUGCCAGGCCAUUUUCCUCUGCAGCUGUGCUUUCUCUGGUUUGACUGAAGGGAGAGGGACAGUAAAAAGUAAACAAAAACCCUAGGUAGGGAGAAGAGCAUUUGCAGGUGAAAAUAGGCAAGCGAGAAAGGUUGAAGUAUCUCCUCAACCACCAAGUCCUUUGUUCCUAGAACCCCCCACCCCCAAAUCAGUUUUGUAGGUUCCCCCAACCCUCUGGAGCAGAACUGGGGAGGGCACAAGGCACAGGGGAGAGAAGGGAGGAAUCUCAUUGUGCAAGUGGGAAUCCUUGCACUGACAGGCCGUUUGCUUAGCGCUGCUUGCAAAGGUUUGGAAACAGGGUCUUUAAAAAAGAAAAAAAAUGUAGCAUGAAAUUCAGCCCCUGACUUUAUCAUGUAGCCUGGUGCCUUCAAAGCCAAGGAAAAGUUGCUUAAAAGAUGCAAAAAACUGAAGAGCAAGCAGCUACUUGGGGAAAAUGUUUUGUUGUAACGCUGGCUUCAGAGACAGAUCUAUCACCGUAAUUGAAUCUAGGCCAUAGCAAUAGGCUUAAAAGCUCUUUAUGAAAUAAGACGCUCGUGAAUCCCGUGAGAAAACUAUGCUUUUCUCAGAAAGAAAGAAUUCCAAGUAUACGAUGAUAGUGCUUAACAGCUGGAUGGUGAAGAUAAUGUUUGAGUAUCUACCAGGAGUAACCACUUAAUAAAUGGAGAUUUUAAGCCAGGGUUGGAGAAGCAGUAGCCCUCCAGAUGAUACUGGACUAUAACUCCCAUCGUCCUUGACCACUAGCCAUGCUGGUUAGGGCUGAUGGGAGUUGGAGUACCACAGGUUACUCCACAGAGGGCCACAGCUUCCCCAUAUCUGCUUUGGGAAAGGGGAAGUAGGGGGCAUAUGAUAAUUACCCACCCUUUUUCAACCUGCCCCAUAACCUCCCUGUUUUCAGAGGCAGACAGGCAACAAUUGAAUGAUGAAAACACCUCAUAGUAAAUGAUCAUUUAUAUUCACCCAUUAAUGUAUAGGUUGUAACCCUAUACUUACUGACUUGGGAACAAGUUCCACUGAAGUCACUGGGGCUAACUUCUAAGUAGGCAUUUAUAGGAUUGCGCUAACAGUGCAUAUAGCCCCUUGGGCAGAUUGUUAACCUUCUAUUGUUAACCUUCUACAAUGAAAAUGGGCACAUAAGUGUGUUAGCUUGGUAGGUUGUUUACCAGCUUCUCAAAUAGUUCCUAUAUACCCUAGGAACUUACCACAUGAUAAUCAUCUGGCUUCGCUAUAACUUGGAAACAGGCCUUGGAAAAAAAUCUGAUCUCCAACUGCUCUGCAUUUGAGAUUGUACAUUUGUGCCCUUGCCAUUAUGGUAUUUUCGAUAGCUUGUCACUUGCUGUGAGCUGAAAAUGUGCCCAGGGACCUGAGGACACAGCACAGCUAGGAGCUGUGGUUGUAUUUAUUUGUUUCUGGAUAAUGACAGAUGAGGUAAUGCCAGUAUCUGUCUUGCUUCAAAGGAAAGAAACUCUCGUCCCUGAUGGGGGUGGGGAGGGGGAAUCUUGUCAUUAUGGUUUGGUUUGAGAUGGCUAUUUGGGGAAAAGAUUUCCCCCCUUCAUAUUUUAAUAUUUUUUAAUACGUAAAUGAUGCAUGAUAUAAUGUAUUUGCUUUUGCAAUGUGCUUUGUGUUUUCUCAUGAGAGGAAAGGUGUGAUAUGUAUUUUUCAAAAAAAUGAAUAAAAUAUAAACAAGAUCCCAAUAGCAUUGGGAAGGCAAAUAUAUACCAAUUCACUUGCAGGAGUGCCCACUUCACACUUCCCUCACUCCUGCCUUUUCCUAGCAGGGGGAAAUGGUCAAUGGUCAGGAAUGAUUCUGGUUUCUGGGUCCUGCUUGCUUCUUUCCCAAAGGCGUCUGGUUGGCCAAUGGGAGGACAGGAUGCUGGACUCGAUGGGCCCAUUGGCCUGAUGCAGCAGGCUCUGCUUAUGCUCUUAUGAAACAAACCAAAGUGUGUUACGUGCAAAGCAAUGUUCCUGUUUGGUUUCCUCCAGGUUGGGUUGUGCAACAUUCAUCUCCCUUGACUUUAAAAGCCAUUUUUAGUCUUGUCAAUGUCAUUUGCCUACUGUUGUUGAUGGAACAAGUGGAACUGACAAAGCUCCCUUGAGCUCAGGGGUCUGAAGGAAGAUCACUCAAAGCAAAGAAAUGGCUUGGAUCCUGCUUUGCAGAAUCAUGUGAAUUAAAGCCCUCUCUCUUAAAACACCUGGAGUUUCUAUUGGGAAUACUUCCUAUUGGAAAAGGUCAUGUCAACUCAGGAAGCAGAGGCUGGGUGGAAUUCAAAAUCCACUGCAACCAUACAAUGGCGUGUCAGUGUUCCAAACUAUGUGGACAUCUUCUGCCCAUGUGAACAAGGUUCAUUGAUUUGGGAUAAGAGCCCAGCAUCAACAAUCUCUGAAACAACGUUGAGUGAUCCUCAUUGUGUAAACAGGACAGGCUCUUGGGAGUCCCAUGAAAACAGUGCUUAGGGGCCUCAACAUCUCCAAAGUGGGUGGUACCCAGUGCUUUUUUUUGGGGGGGGAUGCAGGGGUACACAUACACCUAAACAUUUUUUUGAAUCUCUGUACUUUUGUCCAUUUACUGUAUUUAUUUCCCCCGAUUUGAACUAUAAAACUGUGAUCUUCUUGAAUCAAAGUGAGGGUACCCCUAAACAUUUUCUAAAGAAAAAAAAGCACUGGUGGUACCAUCCCAUGAGGGGUGGGAUUACCUAGUGGGGCCCUAAGAGGCAAGGGAGGUUCUGAAGACGUAAAUGACUAUCAGACACUGGGAACCAUUGCACAGCAAGGAGCUUUUCAAUUUUGCAGUGCCACUGCUUGCAGUGUUACAGGAGCAAGACCUUUAUUUUGGCCUAUGUGGGUGACGGUUAAAUUAGACCUUAGUAAAUUAGACCUAUAGUACAUGCAAGAAGCCAGAGGACCAUAUAAAAGCAGAGUUAUCUAGUUCUUUAAAGAAAGCUCAAUUUUAAAAAAGAAAUCUUGGUUCUAUAAUGAAACCUUGCUUUGGGUUUCUGUGUGUGCAUGUGUGCUCAGACUCAGGUGAGAAGAAUGCAGCUGCCACUCUCCAUAUGUAUACUCAGCUUUCCAUCUACCUAAAUUUAUUCACCUCUUUUACAUACUUGUCAGCUGUUCAGAGAAAGAAAGCAAAAAAUAAUCGCUUGGCUUGCGAUAGGUGCUUGUGACUCUGUGUUCUAACUAAUGGGCUGUUCUGUAGCAGGCUUACAGCUCAGCACACUGCUGCUGCAUGAGGCAGAGUCAAGUUAUGGAGGAUGGGAUUGAGGUGCGUUUCCUGCAGCUGGUCCAGGAAGACCCAGAGGGAGACAGAAGGAUUUGGGAAGAGAGGCCCUUGAGAGGGAAAAAGUUCAAGGGACAAAAGCCUUGGAAGCAGGAGAGGCUCUGACGUAUCUGAUUGCCCCUGUUAAGAAGCAGAAACAAGGGACUGAAUCCAACCUUAUUACCGUUAUUUCUUUCCUUUAUUUAUUUAGGAUCAGGAUCCAGCAGAUGCAGAAAUGGAAGAUUAAUAGAUACUCAGUGAAAGGUAUGAUCACUGCUUUGUGUGCCUGUGAUAGGAUAUUGUUGUUGAUGGCUGCGGGAACAGUGAUCUAUUGCUUGUUAAGAUGUCGGUUUCUGGGCUAUUCCAGAUGAAUGUUUAUGGAGCAUUUUUCCUGAAGAGCUUACACAAUAGGAAGCCUUUUUCAUUGAGCAUUUGUCCUGAUUUGUUUGCUUGCAGGGAGGUUUGGUGACAGUGAACAUUCAUCCUGAUUUGCUUGGACAGAGUUUAUAUGUCUUCCUGUUGACCUUUAAUUUAUCCCACACUUGGCAGAGUAUUUCCGCAUCACUUACCUAAAUGUGGAGGGAGGAAUUCAAAGUUGCACUAAGGCUAUCUGUAACACAACUAUUUUGGCUUGCCAGGUGGAACAAUCUCACCUCUUUUCCCCUCACUUAUCUGUGGGUUCUUUCAAUGCUCCCAUGCAGAUUUUUUUGGGUGCUUUCACCCACUCUUUAGCUCUAAACCCACUGUUUAGCUUUAAAUCAGAGUGCUUCAGAGCGCUUUCCCCUGGAGCUAAGCAUCAGGACCAGAGGAAAUGUGAGUAAGCCCAAACUAUUCAGUCCUAAAUUUCCAGUAGGUGCUUGAAUCAAAACACUGACUACCCAGAGGCGUCCUCUAACUAUUUUGAAUCUCUAUUUCUGAUGUGCUUUGUUAUGCCUGAAUGACAUUUGCUCUGAUUUGCAUCCUUUCAUUUUGCAGUACAAGCGAGCUGCCUAACAGAUGCCGUCUUGCUCCCAUGAUGGAUGUGCCUAGCAUCAAAGACUUCCAGUGGAAAACUCUGGCACCUCUGCCCAGCCGGAGAGUCUAUUGCUCCCUGGUGGAGGCUGGUGGUCAGGUCUAUGCCAUUGGGGGCUGUGAUGACAAUGGUGUCCCAAUGGACUCUUUUGAGGUGUACUCCCCUGAAGCCAACCAAUGGAAUUCUCUCCCCCCAAUGCCUACAGCCAGGGCUGGGGUAGCUGUAGCAACACUGGGCAAGAGGAUAAUGGUGAUUGGGGGUGUUGGAGCCAACCAGACACCCUUGAAGAUUGUGGAGAUGUACAACAUAGACGAGGGCAAAUGGAAGAAAAGGAACUCCUUGCGGGAAGCCUCGAUGGGGAUCUCUGUGACGGCGAAAGGCAAGGAGGAUUCUUUUUCUAAAAGGCACUGGUGGCAAAAGUAGGAUUGGCUUUUAGGGAAGCUCCCCAGUGCAUUUCUCCUAAUUAAUUUGAUGAGCAGGGUGGAGUAAAUUUCUUCUUACAUGGAAACAGAUCUGCCCAGUGGGGAGCACUUAGCCAAUUUCUGCUACGCUGUGAGUGUGCCCUGGCUUUGACCCUUGCACACUGGUUGUUGGAAUGACCAUCUUUGAAUUGCUUUGGGUAAAAUCUGGUGAUUUUCAGCAGCCCAGUCUAGAACAGGCUGUGAAGGCUGCCUUGUAACUGGAGCACGCCAUCUGUUUCUGUGACCUCCUCUUUGCUUGUAAAAAAAUGUCAAUACAGCCAGCACGUUCUGUGUUCCUGCCAAAUGUAGGACAGCCUGGUGGGGUUUUUUUUUGCUUUGCAGAACUGCUUUUGCAGUUCUUGAAGGACAAAUCAUCGAGGGCACAAGCGAUGUGAAAGCAUCAGGUCACUGUAUGAAAUCUGUAUGAAAGUUUCCCUCUAUAUAGUAGAGCUUCAAACUCCACAUAUUCCCCUCCACCAAACACACCCAUAUCUGUUUGCUUCCUGUGACAAGUUGCUUUAGCAACUCUAAGCAUUGCCAGAUUGUCUUGUGCUGCAAUGUGAUGAACUGCUGUUGGGAAGGGAAGGUUUCCAUCUCAAGUGGCCGUGUGCCUUGCUUUACAGAGGGCUGCCAGAGGACCAAACUCUUAUCUGAAAGAGUCUUAUAUUUGAAGGGUUGUCCAGUUUAAAAAUAAUGAGCUAGAAGAUGCUGCUCAUCAAUAGGUAGCACCCGGAAUGCAUAUUCAAGAAGCACACAGUUCACCUGGUCUUCCCCACUGGAAAGAGAUUUAUUUCUGUUUUAAUUAUAGCAACUGCAUAUAUGUUUGCAUCCAUUCUUAUCAGUUAGCACACUGGUCUUAAGCUGGUGGGUUGCAGCCUGAUCCAAGGUGGCUCUCAACAGGAUUAUGACCACCAUGCAAAUACAUGGUAAAAGAUUAAGAAAUUGGACCGAAUGCAUGUUUGGGCUAAAAGUUACUCCUAGGUCUGAAAAGGUUGAAGAUACUCGAAUUAGCAUAACCUAAUUUUGUGAAGGUCUUUUGCCUUGUUUGGGGGUGAUGCAGUUCCUCUUUUUGGGUGAUAUUUCCAUCCUUUGGGUAGAAAUAUAUGGCAAAAAAUGAAAGUUUGGGUAGGAAUGAGAUAGUUCUGCUUUCUAUUUCUGCUAGUAAUGUGUCCCAACUUUUUUUUAGUUGUGGAACCUAUUUAGGAACUACUGUGAUAAAGCAGAAUCGAGAUUCUUGUUUGGAUUUAUCCUUUUGCUUUUCCUCUCUCUUGCUGUCCUUUUCAGACUACAGAAUCUAUGCAGCUGGUGGAAUGGGAGGAGACCUUCGCCCUCACAAUUACAUGCAGCAUUAUGACAUGCUCAAGGACAUCUGGGUGUCGCUGGCAACCAUGCCCACACCCAGGUAUGCCGCAACUUCCUUCCUACGGGGCACAAAGAUCUAUGUGCUGGGUAAGAAUGAGCCUCCAGCCUAUUCCUCCGAUCAUUAUUCCUUUGACUGGAGAGUCGCCUAAUGCUCCCUCGAAGCUGCUCUCUUCCAUAACCUCUCUAAAAGUGCUAGGCCUUCUCUGGGAUUAGCAAUGCCAGCUCUGUAGCUGGGCCUCCAGGUCCAUUUUUUUAUGCCUAAAACCAUGGGCUGCAUUUAUUGCACAGGAGAGAUAAAAUAAUGUUGCCUGAACAGAGCUCUGCCUUUACAAUAUUUUUUAAUUAAAGGGCAAGCAAGACAUGACUGACACUCACAGAAGGAGGUAUUUGUUCACCCAGAGCAUAGUUAAAUUGUAGAAUUCAUUACCACAAGAUUAUUUUUAGAAUGUUUUAACUGCUUUUCCUCUUUUGUUUUUAAAUUGUGGAGCAGUUUGCUGCUCCCUGGCUUCUUCAGAAGGAUGGCCAGGAGAUAAAUUCAAUAAAUAAAAUAAAAUAGGAUGUUGGCCUUUGCCCUGACCAGACUGUGGUGUACUUACAUGCUCACAAACUGUUCACUGUUUAAAGGGGUUCAAAUCUGCUGCCUGAGGGAACUACCGCACUCGGUGGUAAAUCCAAAAGGUAUAUUCACACCCUUUGGCACACAAAUGGACUGCUUAUGCUCCCAUUUCAUUUUCUGACUCUUGUGCAAAUUGCUCAAACCCUGUGUGUUUUGGUUCCCAGCUCUCUGUGUGUAAAGCAAAGCUAAACAGAAGUAGAGACAGCCUGACUUGGUCUAGUAUCCAUAGUAUUAAGUUUUAUCAAGGUUGUUUGUUUUUAAUCAAAUUAAUUAAAAAUAAUCAAAUGAAUGGCCUUUAAAAAGUUUUAAAAGAAACAAGCAGGUAGAGAAAUGGAACUUUAUUGCUUUGAGCUAAAAUAUUUCCACUAAACUUGGCAUGACACUGUCCCAAAUGCACAUGUACUUUGAGAAACUGUAAAUAUUCCUUCUAGGAGGGAUCCAGAGGUAAAAAAAAAACCAAGGGCUUGGGUGCCAGACUUCCACUGGCUUUUAUUUUUAGCCUUUCAUAGUUUACCCCAGCUGACCAUGGCAGAACAACAGAAGCAAAAGAGACUUGUAAAGGCUAACAGAUUUAUGGCAGCAUCAGCAUGGAUGUUUAUGCUACAAUAAAUCUGCUAGUUCUUAAGGUGCCACAAGAUGCCUUGUUUUUGCAUAACUGUUUCCAAAAGACCUUUCAGUUUACCCUCUGGCUGUAUAAAUAGCUUUGUAUUGUCCGUUAGGUUCUAUUUUCAGCCUUGUUCCAAGGGCUCAGGGUAGGGCACCAUUUUACUGGCCCUGCUUUUGUGCCAUUGGGUUCCUCCCAAUGACUCUUUUUGGGGGCCUUCAUCCUGAUUUGCUUGCACAAAGCAUAAGAGCAGACGAAGAGCCUGCUGGAUCAGGCCGAUGGCUCAUCUUGUCCAGCAUCUUGUUCUCACAAUGGCCAAUCAAAUGCCUGUAGGACGUCUGCAUGCCAGACAUGAGCACAGCAGCACUCUGCCCACCUGAGAUUCUCAGAAACUGAUAUUCAGAUGCAAAAUGCCUCUAAGAGUGAAGGUAGAACAUAGUGUAUGUGUUGGUUAGGCCAUGCCUGGUGUUCAUUGAGUAUUUGUUCUGUUCUGUUGGUAGGAUGAUUAUAUGACAAUGCACACUCAUCUUGCAUUCAUCCUGAUUUUUCUGGGAUGUGUUUAUAUGUCUUCCCAUUAGCCUUUAGUUCACCCAACACUUUUCAGUUCUUUUCCCCAUCACUUUUACUUCCUGUAAAAGUCCAUUUUUAUGUUUGUUGCACUAGGAUGACAGAGUGCUUUAAUCCACUUUAAUUGUGCAUACCUAAAUUUCCAAAUGGGUCUUCUUUACAACCCAUCACCUUCUUUCCCUUCUUUCUGACCAUUGCCUCUACUGUACUUAGAAGCAUGAGGAGAAGACUUUCUGUAUGCUACUCUCUGAAUGAACCAGUACUCUGUGGCAACCAUGCAUGAUGUAAAGAGUGCUUUGGCGAUCAAAUUGCAUUUUGAAACUUGUGCAGGGAACCAUGUUAUUUUUGUUUACUUUACCAUAAGGAAUCAUUUCCAGCUGAACUGGAGAGGGGGGUGAAAUGUACUGAACUAACAAAGAUGGACAGUGUUUGUCUAUCAGCAAAAACAAAAAAAACACUCUAAUGCUAUUCUAGGCUGUAUCAACAGAAGAAUAGUGUACCAAUCAAGGGAAGAAAUAGUCCCACUCUAUUCUGCCUUGGUCAAACCAUACAUGGAGUAUUGUGUCUAGUUUUGAGCACCACAGUUUAAGAGAAAUAUCGGCAAGCUUGGAACGUGUGCAGAGGAGAGAGACCAAGAUGAUCAAGGGUCUGGAAACCAAGCCUUAUGAGGAACGGUUGAAGGAGCUGGGUAUGUUUAGCCUGGAAAAGAGGAGACUACAGGAGAUGAUAGCCAUCUUCAAAUAUCACAUGGAGGAUGGAACAAGCUCAUUUUCUCCUGCUCUGGAGGCUCGGACCCAAACCAAUGGAUUGAAGUUGCAAGAGAUUCCAACUUAACAUUAGGGAGAACUGUCUGACAGAAAGAGCUGCUUGACAGUGGAACAGACGUCCAUGAGAGGUGGUAGAGUCUCCUUCCUACUGUCAUGUAUGUUCUAGUUGAGAUUCCUGCAUUGCAGGGGAUUGGACUAGAAGGGGUCCCUUUUAACUCUGUAAUUCUAUGAACCCAAAGGUCAUGCUUCCUGCGUAAGCCCCUUACGCGAAUGGACUUUGCUGAGCCCUCACAGCUAGGAAUAGUGAGCAGCUGGUGCCCUGUGGAGGGACUGCUUGGAGGUCACAGGGCAAGGGCAAAUGAGUGGUCACAGGGGUGUGGGCAAGUUGUCAUUGUUUUCUCCCCACCCACCUCCUUUGCAAAGCUACCUUUACAUUUUUACAAAGAGCAAAUGUGGUUCACAGGGGUCCCUACUGUCACAGUUGCUUCUCUGCUGGGAGAUAGGUUGUAUGGCCUCCAUCCUAUUCUGGUUCUCUUCCUAUCUUCCUUUUUUGCAAAGAAGCAGAGGGCACUUAAAACACUGCAGAUUUGUUAAUACUCCACAUUUAAGUGUUGUUCAGAAGGGGCCCCUGCCAUGACUAUUACUAGUGGGGAGGGUUCAUGCCAUUGAAACUGUACAUUAUUAAGUAAGCCCCACUGAAUUCCAUGGGAGUUUACUCCAUGAUACGUACGUACAGGAUUGCUGUCUUAAAGGUUUCAUACAGGACUGUUAACAAGGGACCCCAUAAACCUCCAAAUCUGUGAGAAAAUAUUAUUCCCCUAUCUCCCUGGAUAUCCCUGCUACAUCUUUUCCCCCCAGAAUGUGGAAUAAAGUGUAGAGUUAUUAAGUGCACUGGGAGCUGAGAGACCAGGGUUAAAUCAGCCAUGAAACUCCAUGUGACCUUGAGCCAGCCACUGUCUAGUGUUUUACAUUUGGGUAAAUUGCAGGGGGCAGAGACUCUAUGGCUCGUUGCCAUCGCUUCAGUAUACUCUUGGAUUAGGGUUGGCUGUGUGCUCCAGAGACCUGCUUGGCCAGAGAAUAGUAGACCCCCAUGGCUCCAGUUGUUGCUGCACAUUCUUCACUAUACUCCCUUCUCCAUCCUAGGAGGAAGGCAAUCCAAAUAUGCCGUGAAUGCCUUUGAAGUCUUUGACAUCGAGACCAGGUCAUGGACCAAAUUCCCCAACAUCCCCAGCAAACGAGCGUUCUCCAGUUUCGUGUGUGCAGAGAACAACAUCUUCAGCCUGGGGGGGUUGCGGCAGGGCAGGCUAUACCGUCAGCCCAAGUUUAUGAAGAACGUGGAUGUGUUUGACAUCGAACAGGGUGAGUUCUUCCUGGGUCACCAUCUGCUUUUCAGCAUGCAUGCCUUAAGGGCAAGAUGCAGGGUGGGGAAUCAAUUUCAAAAAUUUCAGAUUCUGCUACUCAGGGCUGGCUUCAGAUUUUAGAGAGCCCUGGGCAAAGGGUCAUCAGGUGGCCCCACUAGUGAGAUGCCUCAGUGGGAGGCCCCUCCAGCAACCUACCUCUGCAGUGGUUCAGCAGUGGGUAUAUGCACAGUCUUGCAUUCUUGAGAAAUUGAGGUGUUUAUAGUGUGCAUUCAGUUGCACAAGUCUCUGUGCUCUUGUCUGCUCCCAAUCAAAUGACAAAAGGGGAGGGCUUGACCAAACCCAAGCAUCAGCAGUGGUGGGCCUUGAUGAGGCCUUAGAGCCCUGGCAUUUUCCUUGGUAUGUUGUACAUUGGCUCUGGGACCCUCAUUGCUUCAACAGUUCGUGCCCAGUAUUCUUGUAGUCAGACACAUAUACCCCAAACCCUCUCUUAGUUCCCCAAUUUUAGGAUUAUAGAACGCACCCUUGAUUUCUCUCUGAAGGAAUCCAAAUGCUUCAGAACAUUAAUGGAAAAUCAUGAUUAUUUAGCAGGUGGUCUUGUUAAUUUUCAGGGGGCUGGAUGAAGAUUGAGCGCUCAUUCUUUCUGAAGAAACGACGGGCAGAUUUCAUAUCCGGCUACUUGAAAGGAAGAAUUGUCGUAGCUGGAGGCCUAGGUGAGGGUGACUCCUGUCCUGUUUCAGUGUGAAGUCAUUAUUCUAUAGCUUGUGGAACUAUAUUACCAUAAAAUUAUUGCUGCUACAAGGAUGGCAGCUACUAUAUUUGAGGCCCUUCUCAAGUCCCUUUCUAUGCACAAAUAGACAGAAAAUGAUCAUGCAUGCUAAUGUGGUAUGAGCAUUUUGUAGACAUAAUCCUACAUACUCCAUCAGUUUUAUGAAGAAUUAGACUGGUGCUAGACAGUGCAGUGUCCCCCCCCCCCCAAUAUUUUGGACUAGAACAUUCAUCACUCUGAUCAGACCACACUGGGUGAGACUGAUGGGAAUUGAUGGGUAGAAGUAGAGAAGGGGACAAAUGAGGAAGAACCAAAGUGAGAGAGCCGAAGAUCAUUGGAACUCUAAGACCAAGCCAAACCAAACUUGAAUUAUCAUCCUCAUAAACAUGUAGAGCAAAUGAACACAAUCAAUAUCAUUCAUAUGUGUGUGUAUACACAAACACAUAUGCACACACAUGCACACAUAUACACAUACACACUAGAGGCAGCAAAGGUUGGUAGUUUAUUUUAUAAACAAAUCCUUAGUUUAAAUUAGCUGUGUAGACAUGUGCAAUCAAGUAUCCGUGUGUGCUCACAUGUUCUCUUGAUGGUCUUCAUGUUUUCUCGCUUAUUAGGAAACCAACCAACUGUACUGGAAUCAGCUGAGGCCUUUCAUCCUGGAAAAAACAAAUGGGAGAGCCUUCCACCUAUGCCCACCCCACGAUGUGCCUGCUCUAACAUUGUGGUAAAAAACUGCCUUCUGGCUGUAGGUGGAGUGAAUCAGGGCCUAAGUGAUGCAGUGGAAGCUCUGUGUGUCUCUGACUCCUAGUCGGCCUGUCUUCAGAUGCUGCACCAAGCACCUAAGAAAACGAUUAGCCUCCAGUUUUGAGCGGUGGGCCUACACCAUCCCUCUCACUCACUACUAUGUGGCUUUCCUGUAACUCCUUUCACUGUGUGUUUUGGAGAAGGUAGUUUCUUCAGGCAGCUACACAAUUUCAUGGCUCUGGUGGCUAGCAGAGGCCCUGUGGCAAUGUCAGUUUUGCAAGCUCUGUCGAGCUCCACCACCUGAUGAAUCUAUGGUCGCUUUUCCCUGUCGACUCUGAACAGCCAAGGAACAUGCUAGCUUUGCUUCAAAACAGAAAAGAUGCAUAGAAUGGUGUGGGAUAUUCCAGGCAAGAAUUAGGAAGCAUUACCUAGGAACUAGAAGCAUGUUUUAGAUACUGUUGUUGAACCUACCGCAAAAGUCUCCAUUGGGUUUUUCACAGGUAAACAAAGGGAGUGCUGAAUCCCAGAGGCAGGGAGAGAGAGAGCGCUUCCUGGUGCUCUUUGAAAUGGACCAAAAAGUUCUGGCUGUGGUGUUGGGUUUCAAAGUGUUCAGGGUUUAAAGCAUCCUGAAUGAAUUUCCAGGCUGCUUCCUCAUCAUGCAGCUAGAGGGAUGGUGAACCAACCCAAUUUGUUGCCUUGAUUGACAGUUCCUGCAAUUAAAAGUUCCAUAUUACCUCUGCCAGAGGCUGAAGGCUAGAAGGCCAUAGUUAAGAAACCAAUUUAUGGACAGGGAUGGCUCUGCACCAUGGACCAAGAUUGCAAUACCUGCAAUGCACACUCUCAUGAAGUGUGUGUGUGCACAGAGACAGACACACACUUUUCAAGUUGUUCAUAUCCUGUCCAUUAUACCCAAGGGGCCAGCUGUAAAACCUGGAGCGAGCUUAUUGUAGCCCAUGUUUGGAGAGCAGGAAUGUUACGGGGUCUGCUCAUAACAGCUUUAACACAGCGCCCACGGCAACAGCAAAGCUUUGAGUACCUGCUGUUUUUAUUGUAUUUCAUAUAUUGUUUUCUUUAUUACUUUGGCACAGAGGUUGAACUUGCCAGUGUCAUCUGAAUUAUGUAUGAUGGAUCAGUUGUAGCAGUUCUGCUUAGGUAUUAGUAAAUAGCACAAUUAAACUAUUCUUAUGGUAACCUCUGAGCACCUUUUAUAUACAGCUAGAGUCAUGACAAAUCCAAAAGAGGGCUGUGAACUUGCUUUGAGCUAUCUUUUUAAUCCAUGUGAGGGCAUUUCCAGACUGUCGCUAUUUUCAGGUGGGUUUCAGUCACAUUCAGACAAAUUACAGCUGACUGGUUGCUCUUGUGCAACAAGCCCACUUCUUCCUAAAACACUGGACUUUUUGUGAUAAGGAAAGAGACGAGGAAAUGGACUAGAACAUCUAGGGUGACAUUUGCUUGAUGCAAUGUCAGGCUUGUCCACACAGGAGCAAAAUGUGGAUUUGCACCAGUUUCUCUCCCCAUUAAUUUAGGGGUGUCCACAUGAUAUCCUUCUCAUCCUGGUGUUGUCCUGGAUUUUUUGACUCAUGGAAAGUCUGAGACGGCAAUGCAAUGUGUGCCAGUGUUGCUGCAUCCUACAAUGUUGUGUAGGCACCUUGCUCUGGUUUUGUUCCUGAUUCUCUUUUGGCAGCUUCUCUUUCCAUGCCAGCUCUUAAUUUCACUUUAGUAAGCGAUUGUGUGAACUUCUGGCUUGCUGCUUUCAGAACCCUUUUCCUCCUCUCAGGCAAGAGGCUUCUGCUGCUACCUAGG